GUGAGUCUUUUCCCCAGCUGAGAGGAGCGGAAAGAUUCCUGCCCUGGUCUUGCAUCAUGGAGGCUCGCAGUCAGUCCAGCAGUCAACAAAUUUUGUGGAAAGAUGUGGAGGCUGGGAAAGAAAAGAAGGCCAGGUAUCACAGCUACCAGCGCGUGGCUUUGGUCCUGGCUCUGGUCUUCCUGGUCUUGGCUCUGUGUGUCUUCAGCCUGAGAUAUCUGUGGGGCCCCAGUCUGGGGAAGGUGUACGAUCAUCAGUACAAAGCCGUGCUGGACGGCGUGGAGACAGACAGUACAAUGGAGAUUGACCCGGGCCAGCGUGUGGAGAUCUUCAGGAUGGGGAACGGAAGCCACGAGGUUCUGGAGGUGCACGACUUCAAGAACGGAAUCACUGGGAUCCGGUUUGCCGAACAUCAGAGGUGCUACAUCAGGACCCAAACCAAGAAGCUACCCACAGUGGCAGAGGUGGAGGCUGAGGACACAGAGCUACUGCAGGUGGACGAGGCCGGGGAGGCCGUGGAAACGAAGGUGGAGGAUUCCCAAGUGUGGGUUCCUGCCGAGGAGCCCAUCGUUAACCCAGCCUUCCUCCUCGACUCCAAGAUCUGGGAGAUUUGCCAGCAGCUGCCCAUCCACUGGAUCCGUCCCUCCCCCCUGAGCGAUGCCGAGGUUGGAAACGUGGACGCUCCCGACGCGGAGGCCACGGGCCAGCGUUUCACCCGCGACGUCCUGGACCACCUUCCCGUUAACGACUAUAGAGACGUCGGAAUCGAGCUGGAUAGCCGUCUGGACGACCGCGGCUACUGCUGCCAGCACUGUCGCCGUGGUUACCGCUACUGCCGCCGCUACCACGAGCCCCUGGGUGGCUUCAACCCCUGGCCCUACUACUACCAAGGAGGCCGGGUCAUCUGUCAGAUUGUCAUGCCCUGCAACUGGUGGAUCGCCCGCAUGCUGGGGAGGAUCUGA